CGACGAGAGAGGGACGAGGGGUGCAGAGAGUUCAGCACGCGGCGCGGCAAACAGGUGCAAAUGGAGACGUAAACAGACGGGGAGCGGUAGCGUUGAGGAACGUCGUGGGAACCGCGCGUUCGAGAAACGAAUCGUCCUGAGUUUCGCUGCCGAUAAAUCUGAUUACUCGCGGGACUGUCGAAUCUGCGGGCGUGAAUGAAAAAUCUCGGCGCGAUUUGCAUACUUUCAGGAACGAUAUUAAUUACCGAGCGCCCUAACCUCAAAGCUCGAGAGAGUCGAAGAGCCACGAGUCCGUCUAUCGUUGACACAUGUAAAAAAACCAAAGAAACGUCACAUUGACUCGCGACUACUUGGGAGUCGUCAUUGCGAAACGUCUCCCAGUUCGUGACGACGCGGCGGCAUGAAAGUCAUAAAGGGAAGCUGGGACACUCUUCUGAGCAAUUACGAGGUCCUGAAUAUCCUGCGGAACACCAAGUCUUACAAGAAGUCGAUGAAUCAGCUGGCGACCAUUACUUAUCAGACGAUCAAGUAUCUGGAGGACACGCCGUGCAAGAAGCAGAGUCCGGAGAAGAUCCGCGAGUUUCUCAAGGCGAUGGAGCCCAUCAAGCUGACGAAGGCCGAGAAGCUCACACUUCUCAACCUCUGCCCCACUACGCCACUCGAGAUACAAUUGAUGGUGGAGGAGAGCGAGGAACGGCUGACGGAGGAAGAGGUGGACACCGUGAUUCAGAUCGUCGCGAACGUGCGGGGGGACGAGCAGGACGCAGAACAAGAGACCUAAUCUUGCGCCUUAAAAAAUAACUUGUUUAAAUAUAUUUUUUUGCGUAUGUACAUUUUAUUUAUAUAAUAAACAUGACUGGAAAUAGUGCGUAAUUAAA